UAGCAAAUCGCGAGGAGAUCUCUGCUUAUUUCCAACCCCCUCUACCGGCAAGAACCUUUUCCCACGUGCAAAUAGCGGCUACUUAAGGCUCUCACAUACAUGUUGUCGAAACGCAAUGCAGUCAACAAUAGCUCACAGCAGUCCGCAAACAAUGGAGGAUGAAGAGAUCAAGAAGAUCCAAACCGCAAUCAAUACCCUCCUGAGAGCCUCUCAAGCAACAAAUGGGACGUCCGAGAGACUGCCUGGUCGCCCGGCCGUUGCCCCUCGUACCAAAGAGAAUGGCAUCGGCAACGUUCAGCAAGAUAGCAAUAUGGAUUUUGCGUGGGAUAUGGCUGCCAAGCUCCACGAAAAGAACUUCAUCAGGCUGGUAUCUAAGAAGCCCCCUAUCCUCCAUACAGUUUACCGCCUACUCAAUAAAUUGCAAAUGGGUGAUUGGGGUUAUCGCGUCAAUAUUGCAGAGAUGCAGCGCAUGUACUUGCGAGCUCUGCAAGUCAGCCUUGUCGACAAAGCAGUCAAGAUGCAAGCCCAAGGAGAUAAAUCGGGAACCGAAACCGUUCUCAAAGAAGGCAGACAUUUGGCAGGUCUGCUGAGAGAUUACACCCAAGCUGUGCAAGAUUAUGAGUAUAUGACAAAGGUCUCUCAGCAACCGUUCGAUUUCUUCAUCGCGUCAAGUGAACGGUACCAUGACAAUUAUGUUCUCGAUCAGGUGAUGAGAAAGCACGGGGUGGGGGGAAGGCAGUUUGCCGACCCGCCGCGAAUGACGUACGAGUCGAUGAAACUCCAUGCUCUACCUACCGGUCCUUGGGGUAAUGAGAGUUUCCCAGAGCCUCUAGGCGGGACGAGGAAUGCAUCAGCCAAAGCAGUGCUCCGCCGCAAUUUCUGGUUUAAAAUCAUGGGCGCAUUAGUUGGGGGGGCUUUCUUAGUUGGGCCCAUGUGGCUGUUGGUUCUGAAAAGGGAGCUGUACUUGAACCUUGGCGUUGCAACGGGGUUCGUCUUUGCUUUUGGAUUUUCCAUGGUUGGAUGUGUUGAUAGACUCGAUCAAGUCUUUGCGUCCACUCUUGCGUAUUCGGCGGUUUUGAUGGUGUUCGUCGGAGUCAUGUUUGACAAGCAGUUUCCCGAAGGAGCAUGA